CUAAUCUAACGUCACCGCUCUUCUUGCCGAUAUCACUUGCUCCACUUUUAAACCAGUUCUUCGAGGGUCCCCCUAGUAUGUCUCUGCUCCAUGUCCCGAAGCUGGGAAGUCCUGAAACAAAGCCAUGGAGAAGACCCGGAAGUGGUGAGGACCUCCAAGCACGUGAUGGGAGACCCGCCUGUGCUGUCACAUGACCCAUCAACCUGGUGUUCCCGGGACAGGAAUGUUCAGAAACUCUUAAAGACCCUCAUCCACCCUAUCGGAACCAACUCUGAAAUCUCGCUGACGCUGGACCCUUCGGGAGACCAGAACUUGAUGCCAUGGGAGGCUGUGCGGGCUCGCGGCGGCGUCUUUCGCAUUCCGAAGAGGAGACCGCCCCGGAACCUCGGCCCCCUCUGCUGGACCGUAAGGGCGUCGAUUGGAAGAACGCGGUGGGCUUCUGGCUCCUGGGCCUUUGCAACAACUUCUCAUACGUGGUGAUGCUCAGUGCUGCCCAUGACAUACUUAGCCACCAGAGGGCACCCGGGAACCAGAGCCACGUGGACCCAGGCCCAACGCCCACCCCCCACAAUAGCUCAUCUCGAUUUGACUGCAACCCUGUCUCCACGGCUGCAGUGCUCCUGGCAGACAUCCUCCCUACCCUUGCCAUCAAAUUACUGGCUCCUCUUGGCCUUCAUCUGCUGCCCUACAGCCCCCGGGUUUUUGUCAGUGGGGUUUGUGCUGCUGGAAGCUUCAUCCUGGUUGCCUUUUCUCAUUCAAUGGGGACCAGCCUGUGUGGUGUGGUCUUGGCUAGCAUCUCAUCAGGUCUGGGGGAGAUCACCUUCCUCUCACUCACCGCCUUCUACCCCAGGGCUGUGAUCGCCUGGUGGUCUUCAGGUACUGGAGGAGCAGGGCUGCUGGGGGCAUUGUCUUACUUGGGCCUCACCCAGGCUGGCCUCUCCCCACAGCACACCCUACUGUCCAUGCUGGGUAUCCCCGCCCUGAUGCUGGCCAGCUAUUUCUUUUUGCUCACAUCUCCUGGGCCCCAGGACCCUGGAGGGGAAGAAGAGGCAGAGACAGCAGCUCGGCAGCCGCUGAUAAGCAGUGAGGCCCCCGAGUUGAAGCCAGACUACAGCCCAAACCUCUCCCUUCAAGAAAGAUGGACCGUGUUCAAGGGCCUGCUGUGGCACAUCAUCCCCUUGGUCGUGGUUUACUUUGCUGAGUAUUUCAUCAAUCAGGGACUUUUUGAGCUCCUCUUCUUUCGGAACACAUCCCUGAGUCACGCUCAGCAGUACCGCUGGUAUCAGAUGCUGUACCAGGCUGGCGUCUUUGCCUCCCGCUCUUCUCUCCGCUGCUGUCGCAUCCGCUUCACAUGGGCCCUGGCCCUGCUGCAGUGCCUCAACCUGGCCUUCCUGCUGGUGGACGUGUGGUUUAGCUUCCUGCCAAGCAUCUACCUUGUCUUCCUGAUCAUUCUGUAUGAGGGGCUCCUGGGGGGUGCAGCCUAUGUGAACACCUUCCACAACAUUGCCUUGGAGACCAGUGAUGAGCACCGGGAAUUUGCCAUGGCAGCCGCCUGUAUCUCCGACACUUUGGGGAUCUCCCUGUCAGGGCUCCUGGCCCUGCCUCUGCACGACUUCCUCUGCCACCUCUCCUGACGUUCCGGCUUCUUGGGACACAGAACACACUGACCUGGGCCUGCACUGAUGGGCAGUCAGGUCAGACACCUGGGCCCACAGCCCAGCGCCCAUCCAUGAGCUCUGACCCUGGACUUCCCCGCACAGCUGGGCUGCAGAAAAGUGCUGAUUCCCCUUUGAGCGAGGGGCAGCAACCUUCUCCUGCUCCCAUGCUGGUCUCCAGGAGUUUGUUCCUAACAUUAUGGCUUCGGAAUAAAUGCCUAUUUUGUCAAUUGA